AUGAUCUUAAGCAUUCUGUGUGUGUUGCUUCUCUUAGCUCUGAUCAAGGCCUUUCACAAACUAUGGUGGACUCCGACUCGCAUUCAGAAUCUGAUGCGUCUGCAGGGAAUCAAAGGUCCUUCUUACAGACUUCACCAUGGAAACACCAAAGAGAUCAUGAACAUGCAAAAUGAAGCGCUGAGCAGGCCCAUAAAUGAAUCACAUGAUAUCUAUUCUCAUGUUCAACCUCAUAUUCAUGAAUGGACCAAGAGAUAUGGGAAGAAUUUUCUUCAAUGGUAUGGUCUUCAACCUGUUUUGGUUGUUACAGAACCCGAGUUGUGCAAAGAGAUCCUCAACAACAAAGAUGGAGUUUAUCCGAAACAGAAACCACCUGAAAUUGUGAAGAAGCUAUUAGGAGAUAGCAUAUCCAUGACAGAAGGUGAAAAAUGGGUAAAGUUGAGAAAGGUGUCUAACCAUGCCUUCCAUGGAGACAGCUUAAAAAAUAUGUUUGCAGACAUGAAAGCUAGUGCUGAGACUAUGGUAGAAAGUUGGAAAGUUCAUGAUGGAAAAGAGAUUGAUGUGUUUGAAGAAUUUCGGUUAUACACAUCUGAAGUGAUUUCAAGGACAGCAUUUGGCAGCAGCUACUUAGAAGGCAAGACCAUUUUUGACAAGUUAUCGAAGUUAUACGGCAUAAUAUUCAGAAAUCUUCUCAAAAUCAGGAUUCCUGGCAUGAGCAAGGUUUUUAGAACCAGUGAUGACAUUGAAUCAGACGAGCUUGAGAAAGGAAUACGCAACUCCAUAUUGAAAAUUGUUAAGAAAAGAGAAAUGGAGGCUACCAUUGGAGAAGACAACAGCUUUGGGAAUGAUUUUCUAGGAUUGCUUUUAGAGGCUCAUCAUGGUUCCAAUGACAAGCAGCGGAUUUCGAUUGACGAGUUGGUUGAGGAAUGCAGGACUUUUUACUUUGCUGGACAAGAGACUACUAAUUCUAUACUUUCAUGGAUUAUCCUUCUUCUGGCACAGCACCCUCAUUGGCAAGAGGAAGCAAGAAAAGAGGUGCUACAGUUGUUUGGCAAGCAAAUUCCAAAUUACGAUGGCCUUGCCAAACUCAAAACAAUGAGUAUGAUUAUCAAUGAGACUCUAAGGUUAUAUCCUCCUGCUCCUUUGCUUGUAAGGAAAGUUGCAAGGGAAGUCAGACUGGGAAAACUCCUAGUUCCUGCUAAUAUGGAGUUGCUUGUCCCACCUCUAGCACUUCACCAUGAAACUCAGUUCUGGGGACAAGAUGUGGGAUUGUUCAAGCCAGAGCGAUUCUCUGAAGGGGUUGCCAAGGCUACAAACGAUAACAUGGCCGCAUUCAUGCCCUUUGGAAUGGGACCUAGAAUGUGUGUCGGAUUCAACUUUGCUGCCACUGAAGCAAAGAUUGCACUGUCAAUGAUUCUCCAACGCUACUCAUUUACCCUUUCCCUGGGUUAUGUCCACUCACCUUGUCCGUUUCUUACCGUUCGGCCACAACAUGGAGUUCAAGUAAUACUACACUCACUCUGA